UCCAUUUGAAAGUCCUCGUGUCGGGAUAUGAAGUCCUGGAGCGGUGAAGAGGCAAAGGCAGGGUGUGUUGUAGAGACGCGAUAGACAAAAUAAGGAGAGAAUCUGAGCUGACGGACUACUGUCAGAGACUGGAGGGAUUUUUUUUUUUCCAAGAGAGACGGAGACAAGUGGAGGCAGCGAUGCAGGGCUCUCAUUGGGGGUGUGUGGUGUGUCUGACGCCGUUGGAGUGCUAUGGCUCUAGUUCAGGCACUACCUGUAACCGUGACUGACCACCCCAAUCCAGGUGUCGACGUCCAGCAGUGCCGGCCGAUAUCGUCCCACUCUCCCACAGGCCCCUGCUCUGGCCCCUGUGGGCCCUGUAGCUCGGGGACAGCCAUGGGUUCCGUCAGCAGUCUCAUAUCAGGCCGGACGUACCAGGAGAGACACUGCCGGGCCGCCAGCGAGUUCACCGCUAAGCCACGCCGCUCCACACCAGCUACAAGCUGCUUCCGGCUCCAGGAUAAUACCCUCCGCAGCGGGAGCUCCCUGGAGCAGCUGCUGGUUAUCAGCAACCAAACGCAGCCCCAGGCCCAGAUUCUACCUCCACCGCUGCCCACCAAGAAGCAGCCCCGGCCUGGUAACUCUGCUGCGUCAGGUGGGGGUGGAACAGUUGCUGGAGCUUCAGGUGGUGGAAAUAAUGGAAACUUUGGAUAUGUGAGUGAUGAGGUGGUAGUUGGAGACUGGAAUGACAACCUGGUACUGGCUGCUGCAAGCCCCUGCAGUGACUCAGAGGAGCAAAGGGACAACAGGACUCUGAAUGGCAACAUUGGAGGGCCUCCACCCAAACUCAUCCCAGUGUCCGGACAGUUAGAGAAGAACAUGGAAAAAGUGCUGAUCCGUCCUACAGCAUUCAAACCUGUUGUUCCCAAGAAUCGUCACUCCGUGCAUUACCUGUCUCCACGGCCUGGAGGCAGCAGUCUGUCAGAGAGCCAGGGCAGCCUCAACCUCCUGCUGCCCCUCGGAGGAUCCAACAGCACCAACAGCGCUAACAGCAACGGAGGGAACAGCAGCUCCGGUUCUGAAGGGAAGCGUAACUCUUACAGUGGGGGACGCAAUGCUCGGAGCAGCCAGUCCUGCUCCAUGUCAGAUUCAGGGCGAAACUCUCUCUCCAGCCUUCCUACUCACAGCAGCACAGGCUACAGUUUGGCCCCCAGUGAGGGCUCCAGCUCCGGGUCUGGCUCCGGGGGCCAGUUAGAGCCUGUGUCAGGCCUGGGACGAAACACUUCUGGUGGAACUGCGAGCCAUGGACACACUAACUCAGACAGUGGACGUUCCUCAUCCAGCAAGAGCACAGGCUCAGGUUCGAUAAGUGGACGCGGGCAACCUCUGUCAGACAGCGGGUCCUGUGGUCACUCACCGCCCCCUGUGGAGGGCUAUGAGGGAGUGGUGAGGGAGCUGGAGGAGAAGCUGAGGGAACGAGACCUGGAGCUUCAGCAGCUCCGAGAAAAUCUGGAUGAGAAUGAAGCUGCCAUCUGCCAGGUGUAUGAGGAGAAGCAGCGUCGCUGUGAAAGGGAGAUGGAGGAGCUUAGACAGAGUUGUGCCGCGAAGAUGAAGCAGACCUCUCAGAAGGCCCAGAGGGCACAGCAAGUCCUACAGCUACAGGUAUUUCAACUACAGCAAGAGAAAAAGAAGCUGCAGGAGGACUUCUCCUCUCUGCUGCAGGACAGGGAGACGCUGGAGAGGAGGUGUGCCACCAUUCAGAGGGAGCAGACCCAGCUGGGGCCACGGCUGGAAGAGACUAAAUGGGAGGUGUGUCAGAAGUCAGGAGAGAUCUCACUCCUGAAACAACAGUUGAAGGAGAACCAGUCAGAGCUCAGCCAGAAGGCUGGAGACAUUGUGGUGCUCAAGGCCCAGUUGAGAGAAGCCCGGUCGGAGCUGCAAGCCAGCCAGGCUCGAUCCCAGGAAGCCCAGACUGCAGUGCGGACGCGAUCUCUGGAGCUGGAAGUCUGCGAGAACGAACUCCAGAGGCGCAAGAGCGAAGCUGAACUGCUCAGAGAGAAAGUCGGACGUUUGGAAGAGGAGUCAGCCCGCCUCCGUGAAGCUCUAGUCAAUCACAGCGGACACUCUCUACCUGGAAAUGCAACCAUGAAGGGGCAGUGCAUGAGCUUGUCCCUCCCACAGGGUAGAGCUGUGUCAGGGAGGGGUGGUCCCAGUCCCUCAGUGUACCGCGAUUUAGAGGAGAGUCAUCUGGUCUGGGGAGGAGAGAGCGAUGAAGCCAAGGCACAGCGGCAGAAUGCAGAAACAGUGCUAGGGCUCAGACAGCAGGUGGACAGGCUGAAGGCUGAGCUCAUGUAUGAACGGAGGACGAGUGAGGAGCAACUGUCACGGUUUGAGGAUGAGAGGAGGGUGUGGCAGGAGGAGAAGGAGAAGGUAAUUCGCUACCAGAAACAGCUACAGCAGAACUACAUCCAGAUGUACCGUCGAAACCGGGACCUAGAACGAGUGAUGAGGGAGCUGAGUCUGGAACUGGAGAACAGGGACAUGGAUGACUUUGAAGUCCACAGUGGCAGCAAUGACAUCCACUUUGAGGAAAUCACCGCCACUGAGAUCUAAAUGCACACAUGAACUUACAAUAAUAUGUGCACAGAUACACGGGAACACAACCGACACUCACAAAAGAUGUAAACCAAACCUUGAACUCCGGGCCAAAUACUGCACUA